CGCGCCCCCUGCCCGCGCCUCCGCCCCCCGCCUGCGGCCCGACGACGUCUUCAUCGCCGUCAAGACCACCCGGAAGAACCACGGGCCUCGCCUAGGGCUGCUGCUGCGCACCUGGAUCUCCCGGGCCCGCCGGCAGCUUCCCCCUCACUCGCCAGAGCCAAGGCCCUAGCAGGCCUGGGGGCCCUGGGGAGCACCCUUUGAUGCGUCACAGCUUGUCUCUCCCUAGACAUUCAUCUUCACCGACGGGGAUGACCCUGAGCUACAGCUCCAGGGAGCAGGCAGCCACGUCAUCAACACCAACUGCUCAGCUGUGCACACCCGCCAGGCACUGUGCUGCAAGAUGUCAGUGGAGUAUGACAAGUUCAUUGAGUCUGGACGCAAGUGGUUUUGCCAUGUGGAUGAUGACAACUACGUGAACCCUGAAGGCCUGCUGCAGCUGCUCUCUGCCUUUUCACCCAACCAGGACGUCUACCUGGGGCGGCCCAGCCUGGACCACCCCAUCGAGGCCACCGAGAGGGUGCAGGGAGGUGGAACUGUGACAACCAUCAAGUUCUGGUUCGCUACCGGUGGGGCUGGGUUCUGCCUGAGCAGAGGUCUUGCCCUCAAGAUGAGCCCGUGGGCCAGCCUGGGCAGCUUCAUGAGCACAGCUGAGCGAGUGCGGCUGCCGGACGACUGCACGGUGGGCUACAUCGUGGAGGGCCUGCUGGGCGCUCGCCUGCUACACAACUCGCUCUUCCACUCCCACCUGGAGAACCUGCAGAGGCUGCCACCUGACACUGUGCUCCAGCAGGUCACCCUGAGCUACGGGGGUCCUGAGAACCCACAGAACGUGGUGAACGUGGCUGGGGGCUUCAGCCUGCAGCAGGACCCCACACGGUUUCAGUCCGUCCACUGCCUUCUCUACCCAGACACAGACUGGUGUCCUGUGCAAAAGUAGGGGAACCUCGCUUCACGGUGACCCUCGACCCCUGACCCAGGGGUGGCUCUGACUCUGCCCCAGGUGCAGGUGGUCCAUGCCUGCCCAAAGGAGCAGGAAUAGUGCUGCCCACUCCUGGCCUCAGUUGGCGUCCUCAGGCAGCCACGGUCAAAGGCACGGCUACACCCAGUGAGAUGUGGGUGCCCAGCAGACACUCGAGCUGGCCCUGGGGAAGCCCAUGGGACCUGGCGCUGUGGGAGAGUGAGAACAGUGCUGCCUGCCCUGCCCGUGGGUUCAGGCUCUGUGGGGUGCGGGGUACCUUGGAACGAGCAGGAAGCCGCCCAUGCCCUCCAGCCUGGAGGCUUGCUCCCCUGGGAAGAGUCUCUACCCUAGGGUCUGGGGGCCUGGGAGGGCACUGGCAUCCGGCUCCCAGGGCUCUGUGCUGCCCUCCUGACCCUGCUGGAAAGGGGGCUCCAGACAGACCUGUUCUUGAGGCCAGGGUCGUGCAGGAGGCUUCAGCUGACCCUCAGUGACUGCAGAGGCUUUCUGUGCCUUGUGGGGGAAGCUGCUCUCCCCACACAAGGCUUGGUGCCCUGCGGGGGAAUCGAGGUCUCUGAGGGAGCUGCAGUGAAGGACUCAGGCUUUGGGCAUGGCUGAUUUCUAGCCAGGGCAUCUCCAUUCGGAGGCCACCUUAUUGGGAGGCCCUUGGCCAAGACUUCUGUCAGGUUCUUCAGCCAAGACCUGCUUAGUGAGGAGCCUUGAAGACACUGCUCUGCUCUGACUCGUUACUCAGUACUUUUCGCCCCUUCCUCCUCCCUCUCUCCCUGGCCCCAAGUCCGCAAAACAGCAGGAGCCCUUUGCUUGGGGCUCCCUCUGCAGGGAGCAUCCUCUUCCGGUGGGCACUGGUUCUGCCUUUCCACAGGCGCGGAGAACGGAGCAGGGGAGCCCACACCUCCGUUUUGGCCUCCUGCUGUGCUACUGUGACGUGUGAAUAAAGGCUCGAUCAUGACCCUC